CCCCCAGUUUCUUCCCCGCUUUUUCCCCCAGGCGCCGGUGUAGACGGCCGGUGUGGACUUUUUUCCAGAGAUGAGAAGUCGAAAUUUGUACUUUAUCGGGAGCGGGUGCACUUUUCCCCCCGGCCCCCCUUUCCUCUGCCUCCAAGAUGGUAGGAAAGUUGUCGUUUCGGAGGGCAGAGGAGCGGCUCUCUGGUGUUAUGUCCUCGCAGUGCCUGUAGUGGUGCUGUAGGAGGCUGCUGCCUCUUCUUGUGCAGCUCCGGCAGCCCUGCCUUCUUGGCUGGAGAGUAUAUUCAGGGAUUUCCCCUUAAUAAUCACCGACCCUGGGAGCACUUUUUAGUUUCCAAAAUAAAAAUAUGAUCCUCACCCCUCUUGCUUGACAGGGAAAGGCUCUCGCCGGAGCCCAGGGGGGAGCAGUAGCAGCGGCGGCCGAGCUUCCUAGUCCAUUGCCAGCGCCUCUCACUCUGAUCUGUCAGACCAGCCGAGGGAAAAGGGGGGAAGGAGAAAAAAAAAAAAGCAGCUGAAAGACAAUCUGCUUCAUCUUGAUUCUGCAGCAUUCCAAACUGUGGUAUCCUUGGGGUUCUCUUAACAUUGCUAUGGUGCAGAAGAUUUAAAAUCAGCUGAUGUUCACAAGGAAUAGAGUCACGUGAUGUAUGAAGGGAAACAUAUACACUUCUCUGAGGUUGACAAUAAGCCCUUGUGCUCAUAUAGCCCCAAACUGUGCAAGCAGCGGCGACUCAACGGCUACGCUUUCUGUAUCAGACACGUUCUGGAGGACAAGACUGCCCCCUUCAAGCAAUGUGAAUAUGUGGCCAAGUAUAAUAGCCAGCGCUGCACCAACCCCAUCCCUAAAUCAGAGGACCGCAGGUACUGCAACAGCCACUUGCAGGUACUUGGCUUUAUCCCGAAAAAAGAGAGGAAGAAAAAGAAUGAUCCUAUAGAUGAGGUAAAGGUCAGGCACCAGAUGGAUACCAUGGCCUUUAGCCUGACGGUGCCCACGUUGGCCUUGAAGAUGCCCAAUGGACUGGAUGGAAUGUCCCUCUCUCCACCAGGGGCAAGGGUCCCUCUCCACUACCUGGAAACUGAGUUGGAAGACCCAUUUGCUUUCAACGAGGAAGAUGAUGACCUAAAGAAAGGGGCAACUGUGAGAAAGAAGUUGCAGAGCAAGUUGGCCCAGAAUCGGCAGCGCCAGAGAGAGACAGAGAUUUUAAAAGUUCGACAAGAGCACUUUAGUCCCCCUCCUGCACCUUCUCAGCAGCAGCCUCCGCAGCAGCACUCCCACCUGUCACCUUUAUCCACUUUAAAACCUCCAGCGCCACCGCAGGGUCUAGUCUGCAAGUCACCUCAACCUCAGAACACCAGCCUACCAAUGCAGGGAGUGGCCCCCACUCCACACACUAUAGCACAAGACAGGCAGUUGUCUCACAAGAGGCCCCUGCCCCUCCUGCCAUCUAGUAGGGCUCCCGUCGUGGACCCGCCCAGGACUGACCGGGUCCUUAUGAAAGCCACAGCCUUCUCUCCACACUUCUCUUGUAUAAGUCGACUGCAGAGACUGGUGAAACUGUGCACCCAAAAACAUCAGCUGGACACUGAUCUGUUUCCCCAUUUAGGGUUGGACUGGUCUGAAGAGAGUGGAGAAGAAGUGGAGGACUCAGAGCAGGCCUCGCCAUACCAGGUUGCCUGGUCCAUCCGAGAGACCCUCAGAUAUGAAAGACACACGUCGGAUGAUGAUGAUACAGAGAGUAGGAGCUCCAGGGUGACCCAACUUUGCACUUACUUUCAGCAGAAAUAUAAGCACCUCUGCCGCCUGGAGCGGGCAGAAUCUCGUCAAAAGAAAUGCCGGCACACGUUUAGGAAAGCUUUGCUGCAGGCGGCCAGUAGAGAGCCAGAAUGUACUGGCCAGUUGAUCCAGGAACUACAGAGAGCUGCAUGCAGUCGGACCAGCAUAAGCCGGACCAAGUUGAAGGAGGUGGAGUCAGCAGCAUGCAGUGGGACUGUGAAGGGUGAACAGUGCACCAACAAAGCCCUUCCAUUCACCAGACAUUGUUUCCAACAUAUCCUCUUGAACCGCUCUCAGCAACUCUUCUCAAGUUGCACGGCCAAGUUUGCAGACGGACAGCAGUGCUCUGUGCCCGUGUUUGACAUUACACACCAGACACCUCUGUGUGAAGAACAUGCCAAAAAGAUGGAUAAUUUCUUGAGAGGAGAUAGCUCCCGUAAAGUUCAGCACCAGCAGCAGAGGAAACCCAGGAAAAAAACCAAGCCUCCUGCACUUACCAAAAAACACAAGAAGAAGAGAAGGCGUGGACCUCGUCGACCCCAAAAACCCAUUCCCCCUGCAGUGCCUCAGGGGAACCUCAGCAUGCCCACCAGCGUCUCACUGCCAGUGGAGGCCUCUCACAUCCGGAGCCCGUCCACGCCAGAGCUGAGUGCUGAUGAGCUGCCGGAUGACAUUGCCAAUGAGAUCACUGACAUUCCACAUGACUUGGAAUUGAACCAGGAGGACUUUUCAGACGUCCUGCCGCGGCUACCUGAUGACUUACAAGAUUUUGAUUUUUUUGAAGGCAAGAACGGGGAUCUCCUCCCCACCACCGAAGAGGCCGAGGAGCUCGAACGGGCCUUGCAGGCCGUGACUUCUCUCGAGUGCCUGAGUACCAUCGGGGUGCUCACCCAGUCAGACGGUGUACCCGUCCAGGAGUUGUCAGACAGAGGAAUAGGGGUGUUCUCCACAGGGACUGGAGCUUCAGGAAUUCAGUCCCUGAGCCGAGAGGUAAACACGGACCUGGGGGAGCUGCUGAAUGGGCGUAUAGUACACGACAAUUUUCCUAGUCUAGAGCUGGAUGAGAACCUGCUCCGUUCUGCUACCUUGUCUAACCCACCUACACCCCUGGCAGGGCAGAUCCAGGGGCAGUUCUCUGCCCCAGCCAACGUUGGCCUUACUUCUGCCACUCUGAUCAGCCAGAGUGCACUUGGGGAGAGAGCCUUCCCAGGACAGUUUCAUGGACUUCAUGAUGGCAGCCAUGCCUCCCAGAGGCCACAUCCUGCCCAGCUGCUGAGCAAGGCAGACGACCUAAUCACCUCACGACAGCAAUACAGCAGUGAUCAUUCACACUCCUCGCCCCAUGGAAGCCAUUAUGACAGCGAGCACGUGCCGUCCCCCUACAGUGACCAUAUCACCUCUCCCCACACGACAUCUUACUCUGGUGAUAACAUGGCAGCUACCUUUUCAGCAGAGAUGCCCAUCAUGGCGCAGCACUUGCUCCCAACCCAACUUGAGGUGCCACUUGGAGGAGCCGUAAACCCCAGGACUCACUGGGGCAAUCUCCCUGUCAGCCUCGGAGACCCCUCUCCAUUUAGCAACCUUCUCGGCGCAGACGGACAUCUUCUCUCCACUUCCCUGUCCACACCGCCCACCACUUCGAACUCAGAGACCACACAGCCUGCCUUCGCCACCGUGACCCCCAGCAGCUGCAGUGUGCUUCCGGGGUUACCGCAGACCAGCUUCAGUGGCAUGGGGCCUUCUGCUGAACUGCUGGCCUCCACCUCUCCCAAGCAGCAACUCCCUCAGUUCAGCGCAGCCUUCGGCCACCAGCUGAGUUCUCACAGUGGCAUCCCCAAGGACCUGCAGCCCAGCCACAGCUCAAUAGCGCCUCCCACAGGCUUCACAGUGACAGGUGCCACAGCUACAAGUACCAAUAAUGCAUCUUCUCCCUUUACCUCCCCUAACUGAGCGUAUCUGUGUGCUUGCAGGCAGGUGGGGAACCUGGUGUUUUCUAUCUUGUUUUCCUCUUUAUCACCCCUCUCCCCUUUUCCUAAAGAAGAUUUUAAAAAUAACAGAUGGGGACUAGAGGAGAACUCCCUUUUCCAGUUAAGCAAGUUACCCCGCAGUGGACCUCACUUCAGUGUUCACAUGUGCUCCUUGCGCACUGGUGCUCAUUCCCUCCUGGCAGGUCCACUCUCCCCCAAUGGUUUCCUUAGUGGCUCAGCACAGUGACUGGAUAGAAUCGACUUUUAGCAGCAAGUCCUAGAAGUGAAAGAUACCUCAGAUUACCAGUGCCCUUUACUAUUUCCUAGUAUUCAGAUCAAUGCUUUCCAUUCUAAUACCAGGUCUUUACAUAGGUGGUUCUAAAUAGAAUGAGCCUAUUCAUCGAGUUCCUGUGUAAGAGAUGGCAAAUGGUGUGUAGAGGCAGAUCAAGGCUCUGACUUAGCACCAACUGCUAAACAUCACAUGAGGCCAGGAUUCCAUUCCUAAUUGUGAUCAUGUUUGAUUAAAAAGAAGAAAAUUAGUCUUUUGACUGCCUGUGUGUAUGUGUGCACCCACGCGUGUGUUUUUGUGCAGGGCAGGAAGCAGCUGUCCCAUUGUUAUUUUUUUUUUCUUUCCUAAUGAGUAGAAGGCUCUUCUCCUUUCCCACAUCUCACAACCCUGAUAAGGUUGGUCAUUCUUUCCCACUGAGUUAACCGACUUUCCUGAAUGGAGAAGGGUGGUGGUCUGGUGGCGUGAAUAGCACAACCCUUUUCUGCUAAGUUAGCCCAGAACACAAAAAGCUGAAUUCAUGUCAGUGUCCUGCAGAUGUCAUGAAAAGCUUGCCUGGAGGGACUGCGGGGUUGCUGCGAUUCUGAGGUCUGGUGGUUGGUUAUAUUGCCUUUUUAGACAUGCAUUUGUUUCUAAAUCCCUCUUCCAUGGAAUAUAUUCGCAAGAUGUAAUUAAAAUAUUUUGAUGUGAAAAGCAGGAUAGGUCAGAUAGGUUUGGAAAGAUGGGAUCUGUGAACUCCUUGAUCCAUCUUUUGCUUUUGAAUUUUUCAUGUUUACAGUAGUGAUUCUUUGGUAAGAUUUGUAAAAUGUUGAAGACACUUGUAGAAUCAAUGUACCAGUUGUGAAGUGAUGUGUAAUAUCUGAAGGAUACACAUUUUAAAGUUUCUUUCAAAGCAGAAUAUGGAAAUUAGACAUAAAUUUUACCCACCCUUUGGUACUUUUAAAAUAAUUUAAGUAUUUAGGUUUAAGUUUGGGGAAAUUUUUUUUUUUUAUGUACCAGAACUUUAGGGUUAAAAAUCAUAUUGGAUAGUUUAGUAAGUUGGUGACUAUGAAAUGAAUAUGUGAGGUUUCUUUUUACCUGCCUUCUCCCCGACCCCCGAUCCCCCCGCCCAAGGGUGGAACUAGAUUUUAAAGGCAUCUGUACUCUGCUUUUGCUGAGAAGUUUCACUGUCCCUUGAGAUACCAUUGGCUAUUUAUACCUGAGUCUAGUCUAAUUUACAUAUAUAUAUUUUAAGAUGAGUAGAGAGAACAUAUCUAUUAAUGAUGUGAUAUAAUAAUUCAUUUGUCAGGGAAUAUUUGAUCUUAAUUCCUUUUCAAUAGGUAAAGAUUUGGAUGUAUUUUCCUACUUCCUAUAUGUAUUCUCUUUAUGCCAUGCUAAUUCUAACCAGUCCCUUCUUUUGAAAGCUUUUCUUUCUCUGCUUUUUAAAGGAAUGAUGGUAAUCAGCAGGCAUUAUGCAGAUAAAACGUGCCUGAGAUUAUGGAGGGGAAAUGUCACAUGACUGUAUGAAAUCAUUAUAUGCCCUAUUUUGUAUUUAUUGAAGUUUCUUUUUGUGGGCCAAAAAUAUGUUUGUAAUAUAUUUAGUUUUUUUUUUUUAAUCAUGAUAAUUGAUUGGAAGAUUUAUUUUUUAAUAGCUUUGCCUUUUUUGCAGAUUGAGAAAUUUCUAAAUUAUAAAAUUAUGUCACAAAGCAAAAUUAUAUUUGGUAGCACCGUAAAUUUCUAUUCUGAAGGGUGAGAAGAGAUAAUUUGAAUAUUUUUCACCUGUGAACUUAUGUUAGUAAGCUUUUUUAUUUUAAUGUACUGUAAUGAAAUGAUUAUGAGUAGUUACCUCUGCUCAAAAGUGUCAUUUAGUUUGCUAAACUCUUCACAUCCCAUUAUAAUCAUCACGAGAUAACUGUCCAUUCCCAGUGAUUCGAUUCCGUCUCCAUUGUGUACUAAUUAAAGGUUGUAGCAGAGCAGCCCAUUGACUUUCUUUUUUAUUGAGGUAAAAGUGGUACAUACACAUUGACUUUCUCAUCAGCCCUUCUUUGACAGUGAAGGGCAAGUCAUGGGACGUCGAUCUGAAUUUUUCUGGCUAUUUGUCCCUCGUGGUAGCUGCUUAAAAUUCUUCAGUUAUCAAAACUGAGUUUGCAGUAAGUUGCACAUUUUAUUGUUUGCAAUUUUCUGUUUUCUGUGCAUUUUUAAGCCCUUUUCUGCUUUCUGGUAAGGAGGCAUGAAAUGAUCAGGAAUGUUGCCAGUUACAGCUUCACACCAAAAACUUUGAGUAAAUUCAUUUUUGUGUAGAUGCCCACGAUGAUAGCUGAAGAAAGGGCACCCGUAGAAAGUACCAGUGUAGGUUUGAGGAGUUAGCAAAAAAACAAAUUUUUCUUCUCGUUUCGUCUACUUCAAAACAAAUAUCCGAGCUUGCGAUUUGUUUGCUCUUGCUGUUUCUUGUGAGUCCCUUUUUGGAAGAGAGAACAUCUGUGAACCCAGAGAUAUCUGUUAUGCUGUUCUUUUAGCUAAUGGAGCAAUUCUAGUCUAUUAGUAGUAGGUUUGCUAUUAAUAUGUAAAGAAAGGAAGGAAGUGUCUUUUACUCCAGAAAUAUGAAAAUCAGUGUCUUUUAAAAUAGCACUUAUUCUAUAAUAAGGCAAUACUGGAAUAAAAAAAACAAAUUUUACAUAAGGUUCUAUCUAAUUAGGUGGAUACUAGCUUUCAUUCUAGUGUUAAACUCAUGAGAAAUAGUGGCAAAGAAGGUUCACUCUGUUUCUGCAGUACUUUGGGACCAUUUAUAAAGGCCAGUUAGAUUGUGUUAAUGUGAUUUAAUUUACAAAGUUGCUGCAGUUAAUGGAUUCAUUCUGUGCUCUGAGAAUCUGAAUUCCAUUCUAAUGUAUAAUAUUCACUGGCUGUGAUCUGUAGCAUCCGAAGGAAAGAUGUGUUUUUCUCCUUUACACCCUCUGCAUAAUUGUUAGUAUUAUUUUAAUUAAAGUACUUAAGACAUUGUUUUUCUUCUGUACAAAUGGCUUAGCAAUUUGCACAUCUGGGUAGGUUAUGUAGUUAGUAAACAAUUCGCAAUAGUAAAUAGCAAUUACAUUUAACCCACCAAGUGACAGACUAUGCAAUGGAAAAAUUUUCUAAUUAUCGUCGCAUAGCUUAUAUGGCAAAGGAUUAUUUUUCUCUAGUAACCUACCAUGUGAGAUAGAACUGCUUCAUAAAUGACUUCCUGAGCAAUUUCAUGUUGGCAGGCAGUAUGGCGUGUCUAGUGUCCUUCCAUGAAAAGAGUAUAAUUUAAUGAGAAGCAAAUAGUAGGUAUGGAGAUAAAGUUGGAAAAAAAUUUUUUUCUUUUUCUUAAAAUUGUAGUUAUUGUCUUGAGCGGUUUAAGGCUAACGAAAGCUAAUACUUUAUCUUUGCCAAAUAGUUAUUUAUAAGAUUUAUUUCUUAAAUAAGCCCAACCUCUCAACCGCAAGUUAAGAAUCAUCACUUUCUGUGACUAACACUAAAGCUUUUCCUUAUCAGAGCUCGUUCUCAGUCAGUGAUCAUAAUCCACAGAGGCAAAGACAGUUCUUCGAUUUGGAAGGAAACAGUGUCCGUGAUACAUGCAGAUGCCCUAGCUGUACAAUUUGCUUCUUACAUGAAGAAAUUUAUAUUUCUGUUGACCUUUACCGUUGGGCUUUUAUCAUUGGGCACUAGAAUUUGAGCCUCUGUAGGUCAUGCCCAUCCUGUGAAUUCACUGAUACCUGCCCGCAGCCCUUCCUGUGCCCCUGCAUGGUGGGAGUGGCGGUGACGGGUGGUAGCUUCAUCGGCAGUGCUUGUGUGGGGCACGUUGCCUUUUCUUCACGUUAGUUCAUAAGAUUGCUGUGGAUGGUAUCGCAAGAAGACGAGGAUGUUAACAGCACCAGGCGAACCAGUUCAAGUUACAGCGUUAGAAAUUCCUUUAAAUUUUGUUUAGGUGUCUCGUUUCCAGUUUCUUCAUCCUUUUCUUUUUAGCCUUCUUUUAACAUUCUAUUAAAUUCUGUUUUUAAUCUGGUAUAUAUAGAAUAAUACAGUGGUCUUUUAAAUGGUCAAAAGAACUCUGCAGUUUAAUGAGGCAAUUUAAAGGAUUCCCUGGAAGAAAAUGUAGUCAUACCAGAUCUUUCAUGACAGACACCUACAUCGCUCCAAGGAUUUUU